AACAUAUCACCACCAGUAAUUGUGCUAUUCACACGUGUUAUUUACACAAAUGGAAUAAACUCAAUGUUACGUUAGUUUCAAGUGCUGAAAUGGGAAAUAUGUGAUGCAUAAGGCUUGAAAAAAGACAGUUUGUGAAGUUUUUUUUUGUGAAAAUGGAAGGUUAUUGGUACAUCGCGCUUGUUUUGGUUUUCGGUAAUAUGGCCGAUGGCGUUAGAGAACCAGAAAAGGUGCUCCUGUCGGUGUACUAUGAGAGCCAAUGUGUGGACAGCAAGGUUUUCAUACUGAAGCAGCUGCGACCCGCGCUCCAACUGCUGAAUAAACACAUCAAGCUACAACUUAUUCCUUUUGGGAAGUCAAGGAGCAUAAACUACGGGGAGGAUGGAUUCGAGUGCCAGCACGGCCCAUCAGAAUGCCUAGGCAACAUAGUUCAGGAUUGCGCCUUGAACCAGAUGCAGCAUCAGUCUAACCUGGAGCAGCUUGCUUAUGUCGCCUGUGAGAUGGAAACUGAGGCAGGAUCCAGGGGUAGCUUCGAGUGUGUCCAAAAAGCUGGAUUACGGACGGAGCUAGUGGAUAAAUGCUUGAACACCAGACAAGGAACGGGGUUGCAGUUAGACUCCGAGUAUAUGACGCUGCUCAUGAGACCCAAGUUCAUACCAACUGUCGCCGUGAACUUGUUAUUCGACCAACACGUUCAAGACAACGCGCUGAUCGACCUGACGGACACUCUAUGCGCAGAGCCAUUGCUGGAGAAGACCGCCGCCUGCGCACAUUAUUACAACACCCUGGCGAUGAAACAUCUGUUGUCGUACUCGCUCGAUGAUAACCCAGACAAUAUACCUCUGUACAAGUAUCAGACGUACUUUUAUAUCGAUUAAAGCUGUUUUGAGGA